GACAGGCGCUCUGCUGUCAUGUGACGUUAGAGCAGUAUCUGGGCCGCCUCCCUCCUGCUCUUGACAGACUUGGGAUAUUAUUGUGGUAAAGGGGGCACCUGCUGCGGUGACGUCACAGGAUUCCAGUGACCUGGCCAGGGGAUAACGGGCAGAAUGCAGCCUCGCAGGCCUGAGGGCUUUGAUGGCCUGGGAUACCGGGGAUCAGCAUGGGGUACAGCCCGAGGAGAGGAAGCGCCACCUCCGUAUCAGCACGGCUUCCCAGCAAGGUCAUUCAGCUCCUCCGGGGACCUGUCACAGCCCUGGGUAACCACACCACCAGAUAUCCCAGGAAGCCGCAACCUCCACUGGGGAGAGAAAUCCCCGCUGUACCCGGCGGACAGCAACCCCCCGCCACCCGUGGAGGAGAGCAGCGCCAGCGGGGAGCAACUGAACAGAUUUGCUGGAUUUGGUAUUGGACUUGCGAGUCUGUUUACAGAAAAUGUUUUGGCCCACCCAUGCAUUGUCUUGCGUCGGCAGUGCCAGGUUAAUUACCAUGCUAGAAAUUACCAGCUAUCUCCAUUUAGCAUUAUCAAUAUUAUGUACAACUUCACAAAGACCCAGGGUCCCAGGGCACUAUGGAAAGGAAUGGGGAGUACAUUUAUUGUUCAAGGAAUAACUCUUGGAACAGAAGGGAUCAUCAGUGAAUUCACACCCUUACCGAGAGAACUUACCCAUAAAUGGAAUCCCAAGCAAAUAGGGGGACACGUUCUUCUCAAAGCGUUGGUUUAUGCAGUGGCAACUCCUUUUUAUUCUGCAAGCCUAAUUGAAACUGUACAGAGUGAAAUCAUACAUGAUAAUCCUGGCAUUUUGGAUUGCAUAAAAGAAGGAGUUGGUCGUGUUAUGGGACUUGGGGUGCCCCACAGCAAACGGCUGCUGCCUCUCCUUGUUAUCAUGUUCCCCACUGUUCUUCAUGGUGUUUUGCAUUAUGUCAUCAGCUCUAUAGUUCAUAAAUGCGUGCUGUUCAUCAUAAAGAAAAGGAAUCGACCACAAAUUUCACAGGAUGGGACAAAUUCAGUCCAAAACAUUUUGGAUGAAUACUUCCCUGAACUUAUAGCCAAUUUUGCAGCAAGCCUUUGUGCUGAUGUCAUUCUUUACCCUCUAGAGACUGUGUUACAUCGUCUUCAUAUUCAAGGAACGCGCACAAUUAUAGACAAUACAGACCUCGGCCACGAGGUAGUUCCAAUCAACACUCAAUACGAGGGAAUGAGAGACUGCAUUAACACUAUAAGACGUGAAGAAGGAAUAUUUGGGUUCUACAAAGGUUUUGGAGCUGUGGUGGUACAGUAUUCACUUCACGUGGCUGUUCUGCAAAUUACAAAAAUAAUAUAUACAUCUCUAUCACAAAGUACAGGCUAAUGCACCCAAGUCUGUAUUCUGGUUAAUGGAAUACUAGACGCACAUACUAAUAAAAAUAUUACAAAAAGAUGUAUUUGCUUAUUUUCCCCUUUUUUUGUAAAAGUAUGAAAAUUGAAAAUGUGCAUACUUAUUCCGUACCCAAAGUUGAUGAACAUUUUAAUAAGAAUUCUCUAGGAUAGGUUCAUGAAAACGCCUAAAUCGCAGCAUUUACAUAUAAAGGCUAGAUCUCUUCUGGAAGAUUAGGCUUUGUUAAAUUAAGUUUGGAUUUUCCUUCUCAAACUUUUAUUGCUUAAUAUGUCAACUCUAUCUAUUUGAGUGUCUGUUUAUAAUGCGUAACUGUUAAACAUAAAAGAAACGCUGAUGGAAAUCUCUAAGUAUUUUACUGUGGCAACAGCUAAGGUUUAUAAAAGCAAUUAAACCUGCAUUUGUGAAUGUU